CGAUUUCGAAACGCAGCCGUCGCCGCCAGCGUAUGUUUAUGAACAAAUAAUUAAAACCGGCACUGAAUCAUAGUGAGCUUCGUUUAUUACUAACAAACGCCCAGCCCGCGGAUGUUUUUGUUCGAUUUGCGCGAAACAAAAAACAGUCGAAAGCAGCGGAGUUCGUUGGUCGGUUUGGUGAGUGGAAAUGUCGGGCAACUUAGGCAUGGAACAGUUGAUAUCGGUGGUGAAUCAGUUGCAAGACGCGUUCACGCGGUUGGGAGUUCAGCUCACCCUCGAUUUGCCGCAAAUCGCUGUGGUGGGCGGCCAAUCGGCGGGCAAAAGUUCCGUUUUGGAGAAUUUCGUGGGCAGAGAUUUUCUACCCAGAGGCACCGGCAUCGUCACCAGACGACCAUUGAUCUUACAACUAGUGAACUUCGAAUACGAAUAUGCGGAAUUUCUUCACAGAAAGGGCGAAAAGUUUUCCGAUUUCGACGAGGUACGGAAAGAAAUCGAGGCCGAAACCAAUAGGGUCACCGGCACCAACAAGGGCAUCUCCAGUCUACCCAUCAACCUAAGGGUGUAUUCCCCCAACGUGCUGAACCUGACCCUCAUAGACCUGCCGGGCAUGACCAAGAUCCCGAUAGGAGACCAGCCGAUGGACAUUGAGCUCCAGAUAAGGAACAUGAUCUUGGAAUACAUUAAGAGAGGCUCUUGCCUCAUUCUGGCCGUCACCCCGGCGAACACCGACCUCGCCAAUUCCGACGCUCUCCAAAUUGCCAGGGAAGUCGACCCCCAAGGCUUCCGAACGAUCGGCGUGAUCACGAAGCUGGACCUCAUGGACGUAGGCACCAACGCCAAAGACAUCUUGGAAAACAGACUGCUGCCUUUGAGACGGGGCUACGUGGGCGUCAUCAACAGAUCCCAAAGGGACCUGGAUGGUCGGAAGGACAUCAAACUCGCCAUUGCCGAUGAACGCAAGUUCUUCAUGAGCCAUCCCGCUUACAGGGGGAUGGCCGAUAGGAUGGGCACCCCGUACUUGCAGAAAACGUUGAACAUUCAACUGACCAACCACAUCAGGAACACGUUGCCCUCGUUGAGGGACAACCUCCAGAAGCAGCUGUGGUCGUUGGAGAAGGAGCUGGGGGAUUUCAAGAAUUUCAAACGGGACGAUCCGACGCGGAAGACCAAGGCGCUCUUGCAGCUGGUGCAGAACUUUUCGCUGGAAUUCGAGAAAGCCCUCGAGGGUUCCCGGUCGAGCGAGAUUAACACCAGCGAGCUGUGCGGCGGCGCCAAGAUCAAUUCGCUGUUCCACGAGCGGUUCCCCUUCGAAAUCGUCAAGAUGGAGUUCGACGAGGCGGAACUGCGCAAGGAAAUCGCCAUCGCUAUCUGCAACAUCCACGGUAUCAGGAUCGGCCUCUUCACGCCUGAUCUGGCGUUCGACGCGAUCGUCAAGAAGCAAAUCGAUAGGCUGAAGGAGCCGUGCCUCAAGUGCGUCGACCUCGUCGUCGCCGAACUCCUCCACGUGGUUCACUUUUGCACCGAGAGGAUGUCGCGUUAUCCGCGUCUCAGAGACGUUGUGGAGCGGGUGAUCUCGCGCCAAAUCAGGACCCAGGAACACGCCUGCAAGGAACAGUUGCUGCUUUACAUCGAGUGUCAGCUGUCUUACAUGAACACGAACCACGAGGACUUCAUAGGGUUCGCGAACGCCGAAAACCAGGCGGAAAAGUCGAGUUCAAGGUCCCGGAACACUCCGGGGAACCAGGUGAUCCGCAAAGGUUACAUGUGCAUCCACAACCCGAGCUUCAUCAAGGGCUCGAAGGACUUCUGGUUCGUGUUGGCGUCGGAGAACCUGUCUUGGUACAAGGACGAGACGGAACGCGAGGUCCAGUACAUCUUGCCCUUGAACGGCGUCAAGGUCAAGGAUCUGGAGUCCAAGUUCAUAUCGAGGCGGCACACGUUCGGCCUGUUCUACCCCAGCGGCCGGAACAUCUACAAGGACUACAAGCAGCUGGAGCUCAGCUGCGACUCGUUGGACGAGGAGGAUUCGUGGAAGGCGUCGCUGCUACGCGCGGGUGUCUACCCGGAGAAGCACAAGCACGACCAGGAGUCCGACGAGGAGGAGAUUCCGGAAACGGAUCCCCAGCUCAAGAGGCAGGUGGAAGUGAUCAGGAACCUGGUGGACAGUUACAUGGGUAUCGUGAACAAGAGUACCAAGGACCUCGUGCCGAAGACCAUCACGCACAUGGUGCUGAACGCGACCAAGAGGUUCAUUUGCGAGGAGUUGCUCAUACACGUGUACUCGUCGGAGAAUCAGGGCUCGCUGAUGGAGGAAUCGGUCGAGGAAGUUCAGAGGCGGGAAGAGAAGAUGCAGAUGUACCAGGCGUGCAAGGAAGCGCUGAACAUCAUAGGAGAGUGUUCGAUGAACUUUGCCAGCGUGCCGCUGCUGAGGAAAGACUCCAACCCGCAUUUCGCGUCUUCAGAAUUGAAGCGAGCUUACAGGAUGUCGACGCCGCCGCCGAUUGCGUCGAGACCGGCUCCACCUCCUCCGCCGGGGGCGUCGACCGAAGGUAAGGGUCUGUUAUUUCACUUUAGCAGGAGAAGGGGGAGGGUGGGUGAGUUCUUCGGAUCGUCCGGUAUAUUUUUCGUUUUUAGGUCAACGAAAGUUUCAAAGUAUGAAACACUUAGUGCCAGAUUUUUUUAUUUUGUCGAUUCCUUAGAGAGGGGAGAGCUACAGCGCCGGUUAGCGAUAUCGAUUUCGACGCGGAGACGCCAUCUGGCGGCCGGUGUCGCGACGCCGUCCCGUGGGAGUAAAUUGUGUACGUAAUACUCGCUGAUACGCCCGAAGAGGGCGCCGCAGUUUAGUUUUCUUCGAUCGUCAACGUGUAAAUUAUUUUGUAAUACAUUAAAAAUAACUGAAGUGUGAUUGGUUUAUUUCUUUACCCC